UCUUUACAAUCAAACCAGAAAUCGCCAUUUCGUGAAAAUGAUGACCUAAUUUUAACUUGUACAGCUCAAGGUUCUCCGCUGGUCACAUUCACUUGGCUAAAAAAUGGAUUUUUAUUGAAUAUCAGUAAAUCUAUAAGGAAAAUUUCAGUCCAUCAAAAAUCUAUAGAUGAAAAUGGUGAAUUUGCAUCGACCCUUAGAAUCAACAGUACACGGAAACAAGAUGGUGGUUUUUACACAUGUCAGGUUUUCGAUUGGGGACUCGAGCUAUGCAAAACAAUCAAGAUUGAGGUUUUGGAACCUCCUGAAGUUAGGCUAGAACCACCGAGCGCGACACUUUUAAGGGGGAGCUCAAUAAGAAUAAAAUGCUUAGCUACGCAGAAAAACCAGUUGGAAGAAAAACUUGGCUACAGUUGGACCAGAAAUCACGCACUGUUUCAUUCAGAUCCAGAAUUUGAAAUGUGGGAAGAUUUAUAUCCUGAUGGGAGCAUCUUGACUAUAAAAAACAUUCACAAAUCAACUAUUUACUCAUGUUCAAUAUCGAAUUCUCUAGCUUCAGUUUCCACAAGCAUUCACAUUAACGUUAUGGAUUUAGAGUCAAUGAGUAUUUGCCCCGAAGAUACAUCAUAUGGAAUUAAAUGGCUAGUGACAUCGUCGGGUCCACCAGUGUUAAAUGAUUGUCCAAUGAGCUACAACGGCAGAGCUCAACGAUUUUGUGAGCAGCGAGAUUAUAACAAAUCUGUUUGGCUUAAUCCAGAUUUUUCGGAUUGCAUCCAUCAUGAGCUUUCUGGGGUUUCAUUUGAGUUUGAAGAGCUUACAAAUGGAUUGCAAAAGACAAACGCAUCAACUUUGCUUCGACUAUGUCUCGACUAUGGACUACAUCAUUAUGACCAUUUUUUACCUGGAGAGGGUGGAUACCUUCUGGAUUUGCUGCAAAAUAUUUAUGAAUACUCACAGCUGAUGGAUGACAACGAUGAGAAGGAAAUAGCAUGCGAAAUUACAUUGAAAAUAAUCGACACCAUUUUAUUGAACGAAACUUCACUCAACAAGCCAUCG